UGUUUUAAACACUCCAAAAUUAACCAUGGCAGAUACCAAAGUAAAGUUGAAGCUUCUUGUUGACAAAGAAGCUAAAAUAGUCCUAUUUGCUGAAGCAGGCAAAGAGUUUGCAGAUUUUCUCUUCUACCUACUUUCUUUGCCUGCUGGCACUAUUGUCAGGCUCUUAGAAAAGAAAAACAUGGUGGGUUGUUUAGGUAAUCUUUAUGAGAGUAUUGAACAUCUCAACGAAACAUAUAUUCAGCCAACCCAAAACAAGAGCUCUCUUCUGAAUCCCAAAUCUCCAGUCUAUUAUACUGAUAUGCCCCUCUUGUUAUCUGAUCACGAAUUGAAAACUCGAUAUGUUUACAUGUGUCCAUACCACAAUUCAUAUGUGGCUGAAAUUCCAAACCUGGUUUGUCCGCAGUGCGAGAGGAAAAUGACCAAUGAGGUUCCUUAUGUAAACGCUAGUAGUAAUCCAACGGGCAAAAGCACCACCGUCGUGGCUGAGAGAGGGUUCGUUAAAGCGGUGGUGACAUAUAUGAUAAUGGAUAACUUGGAGUUGAAGCCAAUGUCUACUAUUUCUAGCAUCACCAUGCUAAACAGGUUUCAUGUUAAGGAUGUGCGUUCACUUGAAGAGAAGGUUGUUGAUUUCGGCGUUGAAGAGGGUCUGAAGCUGCUGAAGGCAUCUUUGGAAUGCAAGAAUGUAUUAACAAGUAUUUUCCUUGGAAAUAAUGGGCCACAAGAAUGAAGCUGUACCUGAAUUUCAUUAUCAGCUGCUGGGACUUUAAACUUAUCUUCUGGACACGUUAAUUCGUUUUGUCUUUUCAAGCUUUUCAGAUAUUAAUUAAGCAAUAAGAUUAGUGUGUUUAAUUUAGCAUGGAAUUUUUUCUAUAAUAUAAUUAAAUUUCACAGCUCUGUUGGUGAGUUGCUUCUCUUCCGCAGAGGUGAGCACAGCCUCAAUCUUCUCCAACUUCCUUUCCCACGUCUUCAGCUUCGAACGUACCCCUCCGUCAAAUGCAAAGUUGUACAAGUCCGUGGAAGCAAGCUUUUCAAACAACACAGGAAGGGUUGUAGAGAGCAAAAGUUCGGCCAUGGUUUUGGUUAUCAAAAGAAGAGAACAAUAGAUGAGUAUGAAAGCAAAGCAAAACAAGCAAGAAAGUCGUUUAGUUUUUGUGGAAGAAUUAAUGCUGAAGUUUGGAGUCGAGAUACAAUAUUUUACUAUUUUUGAUUAAAUAAAGGAUAU